GCUGCCCCCUCGAGCCCCGCCCCUCGCCCCCGCCCCGGGCCGCGCUCCUCCGGCGGCUCCGCCGGCCGCGGGCAGCGCCGGCAUGUCCUGAGGCGGCGGCGGCGGCGGCGGCGCGGAGCCGGGCCGGGCCGGGCCGGGCCCCACCACGGAGGGCUCGGUGGAGCAGCGGGCCAAGGGCCGGGCCCCCAUGAAGGAGAAGGAGGCGGGGGCGGAGCGGGGCAAACCCGCCACUUACACCGGGGACAAGAAGGCGCGCAUGGCGGCCAAGACCAACAAGAAGUGGGUGCGCCUGGCCACCGUGCUGGCCUACGUGCUCUCCGUCUCGCUGGCCGCCAUCGUCCUCGCCGUCUACUACAGCCUCAUCUGGCAGCCGGUGCGCGGCGGCGGCGGCGGCGGCUCCGGCCCCGCUCCCGGCCCCGCCGCCGCCGCCUCCCCGCAGCCCCGCGUCGCGCCGCCGGGCCCCGCCGCCAGCCGCGCGCCCACCCGGCGGCCCGCCGCGCCCACGCAGGAGGCUCCGCCAGCGCCGCCGCGGGCGGGCCCCGGCCCCGGCCCCGCCGACACGGACCCUCCGGACGCUUCGCCGCCGCCGCCCGGGGCCGAGGCGGGGGCCGCGGCGCUGCGCCGGGUGCGGGGCGGCCCCUGAGGCGGCCGGCGGCGGCCACCCCCCCCCCCCCUCCGCGCCGGGGCGGGCUGCGGGGCUCCGUGCGGGGCCGAGGCUGGAGGCGAGCCCCGAAGAGCUCCGGCUGCGGACUGAGACCCGGCCCGGGGGUCGGCGGGGGAAGGACGGACUUGUACUUGGGCUAGCUUCUCCUUCUGAACCUGCAUUGAACUCCUGCGCUAUUUAUGCCAGUCUGUUACCUAUAAAAGGAUAUCGGUGUCCAAAAUCCCUCACUAUUUACAGGAUCAGCUGGGAACAAUACGAAUUUAGAGGCUGUAAUCCAUUGUUCGAGUAAAACCAGUUUUGUUUAACAAUGAGCAUAAACUUAUUUAAAACCGUGUGAAAGGUAAAUUGACUUGUUUACUAUAUUAAAAUAUUUUCCCAAUAUGAAA